AACGGUAUUGGCAUCACUCUGUUCUCUCGCCAUCUUUCCUGUCUUUUCUAAUUGUUUUAUAAUUCGUAAAUAAAGUUUACAAUUUUAUGAGUAUUUUACAAACUUUGUACUUCUGGGUAAAGUAGCUUAUAUAUAAUGGAUGCAAAGAAAAAUUUAAAUAGAAGAACAAAAAGAUCUUCUAAGGGGGCUGAAGAAAAUUACUGGGAUUGUAGUGUCUGCACCUACAGAAAUACUGCUGAAGCUUUCAAGUGCUUAAUGUGCGAUGUUCGAAAAGGAACUUCAACAAGGAAACCCCGCAUAAAUCCUCUACUUGUUGCCCAAGUAACUCAACAAUACACACAGUCUCAACCCAAGCAAAAAAGUUCUAGCUCUAAACCUGAUAAAGAUAAAAAAUCUUCUAGUGAUAAGGCUGCCAAGAAAAUAAGGCCUAGACUAAAGAAUGUAGACAGAAGCAGUGCUCAGCAGAAAGCUGUGACUGUUAAUGAUGUCACUGUCAUAAUUACAGAGUUUCAACCCAAAAGGAGAAUGUCAUCUGACAAUGCAGCUAAUGGGCCACACAGCAGCAGUGGGAACAGCACAGACAGUAGCCAAUCAGAUUCUGCCAGUCACAGUGAGGCCCAAAAUGGUGAAUUAUCAGAUCGCAGAUGAUGUCGCUACAUGUUUAGAAACUGAAGACAUGAGAAUGUGUGUGCUAGAACUGCAUAUGCCUCAAGUAACUGUAUGGAAACUGAGAACCAUUUUUAUCAUUUUAGUGCACCAUCAUCAUAAAGAAGGAUGUGCCAAUAGCAUUUUAUCCAUUGGUAAAAAGAAAAAAUAUAUAUAUUAACUGUGAUGUUUUUAAUCAUGACUGAUAAGAAAAGCUUGACUCAGGCAAGUGUUCAACUCAAGACUCAAUUUAAAACUGCCAUUUUCCUCCUUUUUUAUUCCUUGAAAAACUAAUUUUGUUUUGUUUUAGUUAUUAUCUUGCAUCUUUUAGCAUAUUAUAUAAAUACAUCUCUUGUCAUCAUCAACAUGGAUAAAGCUCCAGUGCUGGUGAAAAAUAAGUUGUUUUGAUUUAAAUUCUGUCAAACUCUUCAUUUUGAAAUAGGAAUUUAGAUAAAAGUAUAUUUUAAAAUUUGUGGAGGUAACUGAAAAUUUUUAAUUUCAGUGAGAUUGUUAAUGCUCAUCUAUUCAGCAUGCUGAUUGUUUAUCGCAAUGAUUACUUCUAUUAUUUUUUUUUUCUGUUACUUUAGAAAUAAGAACAUCCUAUUUUGUAUAUGUAGUAAUUCAGAUACUUUUCUAACAAUUGUCAAACAUAAAUAUGUAUUCAAAUAUAUCGAGAUAUAUUUGAUACAUGUGUGCGUUUUGGCUGCUCUGCUGCUGAUGGAAAAGUACUGAAAUUUGUACCAUUUAAUGAUUUAACCUAAUCACAAUGCACAAUUUCUGUCAAAUCAGUUGCAUUGUGAAAAUCUAUCAUUUCAAAAUGUGUGCAUGAUUGUGAUGGUACAUGCAUGAUUUUUUUGCAUUAAAAUAGAUUGCGUCUAUCAUAUAAACAGUUUUUUUUUAUUUUUUUUUUUUUUUUUAUAAUUAGAUAUUAAAGUUAUCUAAAUUGCUUGAUGUUUCAUUGUAACUUAAAAAUUACUGUAGAAUUACAGUUCUUUAAUUGUUUCAAUUUUAUGCUCAUUGAUCUUUUGAUUUUUGUAUAAAUUUCCUAAUUUGAAGCUCUUAACUCAUCGUGGUGCACAGUCUUUUAAAAUUUAAACUUGAAAAUAAAAAAAUCUAUAGAUAAUCUAUUAAGACAUAAAGGAGUAUGCAGGUAAAAUUUUGUAAAAAUCGCAUCCAUUGUUUUGAUUCUGUAGGGGUUUAUUUAUCAGCUGGAAUACUGUGCCACUGAGGUUCUGAAAAGUGCAACUGAAACAAGUGCUGUUGUAAAGAAUAAAAUAUCUUGCAUAUAAAUGAAAAAAACACUGUUUUAUACCCCUGUAGUAGAUUUAACAAGACCUAGAAGGCAUGUUCAAAUUUGCUAUCUGAACCCAAUUCUUGAAGCAUCUUCAGUACCAUUCUCAAUGCAUUUAAUUCACAGCAAAAAAUGAUACUAUAAUUAUAUAUAAAAUAAGCUAUUAUAUAUGAUAAAGAAGUUAUUUACACUAUUCAACUCAAAAAUGAGCAAAAAAUGUGUGCAGAUCUAUGAUCACAAAAAUUGGCCUAAAUAAAAUUCCAUAGUAAAGGUCAGUCAUUUCUAAUAUUUCCCCCCAUAAUAUUCCUUGAAUUGAGUUCAUUUUCUCUUUAAAAAAAGAGAGAGAAAGAGGAAACAAAGAUGUGGAUGUCAUAGCAUCCUGCCACGUAUCAUGACCAAUUCUGUGUUCCAGCUGACAAUUUUAACAAAAUUCUUUGAAAAAAUAAGUUUUUACUUAACAUAUUAUAACUGAAAAUUAUGGAUUUGUUUGAUUUAAACUACCAUCUGCUAUCGAAAGAUGAAUUUUUCUCCCAUUUAUAGUUAAAUUUAGCAGUUUAAAAAGCAAGUAAAGUUAGGUAUUUAUUUGUUGUGGGACACUGCAACAUAAGGGGUUAACAUGUCAUAUCAUUAACAUCAUGUGGCAAGUUCAAAGAAAGGCGAAAUCUGCCUGCGUCCAAAAAUUUUCCAUCAUUUGUCUGUUGACCCCUUUUCCCACUGAUAUAUCAUUUAAAAUAAUUACAAUUAAAAAUCAAUAAAAAUAAUAAUAAUAAACUGAUGAUGAUUAAAGCAGGUGGAAUUUUUAGUCUCUUUUAAUACCCAAAAGAUAUGAUGAUUGUUAUGCUUUAAUUUAUUGCUGCUUAUAUAUAUAUAUAUAUAUAUAGAUAUUCUAUUGAAAGAAGGCUUGCUUUUAAAAUGCAUUUUAUUUAGUUGAAAUUUAAUACCUUAAAUCUUUUGUGAUUUAUUUAUUAAUUUUUGGAACAUAAAAAUAUAUAAAAACCUACUUUAAGGUUAGUAGAAUUUUAAUAAAAUUAGAGAAAUUCAUGAAUUAUAUUCAUUAAUUAAUGUUUCUUUUACAAUAAGAAAUCCACAGUAGUUUCCAAGAUUUAUAUUAAUAUGUAAGUGUAGAUAUUCAAUAUUUUUUCCCUUGUAAACUUUAAAUGAAGAAAGAUUCUAUUAAAUUAAAAUACUUUGAAAUGGUAUUUUAGUUUAAUGGAAUAUCAUGUUUUUAUUCAUGUGGAAAAGAGAGUUCAUUAUAUAUUAUCUUGUAAUCCUGUCAGGAUUUUGAAUAAAUUGAAAUAUUGACAUUAAAUAUAUGUAUUUAAAAAGUAAGUUUUUAUAUAUAUAAUUUUUUAGGAACAUUUUUAAGAACUUUAAAUUUAAUCGUUCUUAGUAACAGAACAUUUUUAAAUAAUGUUUUAAAAAAUUUUAAUUUUAAAACUUGCUCUGGCAUGCAGUUGUUAACUAUACUUCCUGAUGCAAUAUUCACUUUGAUCUUGAAUUUAAGAAUAAUUAGAUUUUUUCCCUUGUUUCAAUAAUAUUUUAUUAUAUUGCUGAAAAUUAUUCAUUAAUACAAAUUUUCUUGAUGAUAAAGAUUAUUUGAUAACACCAUUUCUAUUACAUCAUUUAUUCUAAAAUGCUUCAUAAUUAUUUUGUAGCAAUUUAUUGACUAAAAAGUCAAAUUUGUUGACAUUUUACAAACUUACCAUACAAGAAAUAGAAAUCUCAUUCUCUAAAGCACUAAAUUAACUACUAACAUUUUUUUGUAAAUGAAUAAUAAUUUUAUUGCUUUUUUUUUUAAAUAUUGCCUGAACUCUUGCAUCUGAACAAAAAAUACAAUAGUAAUUAUUAAAAUAUUUUUAAUCCUUUAUUUCAAGAUUAUUUGCAUGAUAAAUAUAAAAUAUACUUGCAGUCUAAGUAAGAUGUCUUAAAGUAUCAUUUAAUGAUAUAUUUCUUAAUUUAAACUACUUAGCUUAUAUUUUAAAUCAUUUAAUGUUUGUUUCCAAUUUUUCAGAUAAAGCAUAUUAUAUUUUUUAACCCCUUAUUAAAGAAACAAUGGAAAAAUAUUUUCUUGGCAUUGUUACUUUUUUUUUUAAUUUUUAAUCAGAAAUAAUUAUAAUUUACGACAAAAAGUUUUCUAUGAAUUGUAAAUUCAAACAGUAUAUAUAAUUUCUUUAACUCAUUCUUAUUCUUUUAUUUGUUAUCAUUUUUAUAAUAGUUCAUGGCAUUCUAUAUGAUAAAAUCAUUUGAUGUUUUACUCAUUGUUGUUUACUUCAUCAUUGUAUUAAUUUGUUUAUAUCAAUACUGUUCAAACCAUGAGUCAUAAACUGAAUAUUCAAUCAAAUUAUAAAUCUCACUUUUCUUACAUGAAAUUUUCCUGCUGACAAUCAAAAUUUUUUGCUUUUGUUUAAUUGUAUAAAAUUAUAUAUCAUCUACCUCUGUAAAUUCCAUACUGGAAUUUUUUGAGUCAAGUUUUAUUUAUUCUUGGAUAUUUUUUUUAAUCAAGCAAUAUUUAUUCCUGAAAUUUUAUAUUGAAUCUUACUGCUUUUACAUCCCUAUUAUGCAUCUGGUUGCUUACAAUAUUACAAUCAUUUAAUGUGCAUGCAAAUAUUUUGCAUGCAUUCUUUGUGCAGAUAGAAAUUGUAAAAUAUUAAUCAUUGUUGUUUCAAAACAGUGAAGUAAUACCUUUUUGAUAUGAAUUGAGAACCCCUUUACCUCCAAAACAUUUAUCAAAUACAAUAAUAUAAUUCUUAUUUGUAUCUUUCAAAUGUGUUUUUGAAUUUUUCCUUCAUGUUCUUUUCCCCAUUUAAAUCAAAAUUGUGGUCCUCUCCCUUGAUGAAUUAAAUAUUUUGUGUGUUUGUCAAAUAUUUCAUAUUUAUUAGUCCUCUAAAGCACUCUGUCCAGUCAAGAGAAUGAAGAUUUGUCCAAAGAGAAUGAAGACAAGCAAAAUGGAAUACUGAAGAUUCCAUUUUGCUUAGGGGCAAAAAUGGUAGGAUAUACUUAGAGGUAGAAAAUAAAUAUAUCUGUGGGUCAAUUUAGUAUGAUUUAUAUACUUUUUCUGUUGAUAUUUCAUUGAGGAUAAUAUUAUUAUUAUCUUGCGAAGAUUUUAGAAUAUUAUGCUUAAGUUUUUCCUUUUAAUUUCUGUGUCUCAUCAUCUGCCCUUUAAAUAAAUGUGAAUAUGUAACAAUAUUUCUAGAUAUUUAAUUUAAUUUGACUUGUGAAACUUGUUGCCCAAUAUGGCAAUAAUGUAUAGUAUAGCUUAGUGUAUUUUGUACUUUACCAAUCUCGUCAUUUCUUAGAAUAACAGAAAAUUAAUGUGAUUGUUAUUUUACAAUUGUUUUCCCUGAAGCAAAUAUAGAUCACUAGUGUUACAACAUCUUAAUACAUUCAUGUUUAGGAAUUAGUAUCUCUCAAAUAAUUUUUAAUUAAAGCUGCUUGAAUAUUUCACUUCUAAAUAAAGGGAUUUAAUUUUUCCUAGAACAUCUUAUUUAGAUAGUAUCGAUGAAUAGUUUAAUAUGCAGCCAACAUAUUAACCUAUAUGCAAAUGACUCUGAUUAUUCUUGACAUCUCAAGAACAGAUGUUUUAUUGAAGUUUAAAUCUCAUUCUGACUGCAGAAUUAUUUAAAAUUUCUCGUGCAAUUAAUAAAUGAUAAUCUCUAUAUAAAAUUUUCUUCACUAAAUAAAAAAUAUAUCAUUAAGUGUAGUUAUUUCUCAGAAUAUAACAAAUCUUUAAAUGUCUGUAAUUACUUAGUUACCAAUCAUAAUUUGAUAGAAAGUUAUGAUAAUUAAUUCGAUGCUUUUAAAAUUAGCUUUAUUUGUUAAAGAUGCAUUUUUUUUAUAUAAAAAGAAGAUAAGAUUAUUAAAAUAUUCCAUUCAUAUAAUUAAUAAUAUAAAUUCUAAUUCAUCCCCCACCACUAAUUAAUGAGGUUAAAAUACAAGGAUUGAAAAUAUAAUGAUUUGAAUUACAUUUUACUGUUAGGAAUUUCUGUAAUUGUCCUUAGCAUUUGGAUUCAGGACAGGUGUCCACAUCUUUAAUGUGUUUCGUAAAGUAAUUAUGAAUUCUGAGUAAUUAUAUCUUUUAGAUAUGAUAAACAGUAUCUAAAAGGAGGGGAAAAAAUCUGUUGUUUUUUUACAAGUAGAAUGAUUUUUUAUGGAAAAAAAAGACUAGAUAAGUAAAUCAAUCGUGGUAAUCUGAGAAAUUAAUACUGUGCCGGAGGUAAAGGGGCCAAAAUAUUUUAAAAACAUCUAUAUUUUACUCACUGCUGGCUGUCGAAAAUGAUGAUUUAGUUUUUUGAAAAUACUGCAUACUGUAAUAUAGUGUCAAUAAAAAUAUCUUGUCAAA